GUCUGGGGGUGUGUGCUGCCCCGAUGGUUUAAAUCCUACACAUGCGUACUGGAUUUUCGGGGUUCAAGGGAAUACGCACGCCAUAUUGGAAACACUGUAUAGUUUAGCUAACAGUUUAUAGCUAGCGGGGAAAAAGGGCCACUAAUUGAUUCCCGUUGGUCUGUUGUGGUGUUCGGCACGUCGUUAUUUUCCCUGUCGUUUCGCGUAGCCCCGUUUACAGGCACGUCCUCGCGGCCAGGACUCAAACUUAUCCGCGGAGCGAAGGAGGGGGAGAAAGGCGUUCGUUUGUUUGACAGGGUUAGAAAGACGAGUUGAAUGGAUCCGAGGGUCGCUUGGAUUCAGCCGGAACAGAAAGGUCCUGCGAACGCUUUAUGGAUGCGUGUGUGGGAAACGUCUCAGGUAAACCGGACUAACACAGGUCAGCACCAGAACCACCACCACCACAACUUAUGUAUCAAUUCUCCUGCAUUUGACGUUUAUAAGACUGUGGCGUCCAAUGCAAACAACAGCACUAACAUCAAAAACAACGGCACUGCGAUCUCGGGUAGCGGCUCUGCGGUUCACACGUUAAAUGGGAACGCGGUAGACGGAGAAAUGACCCAAAAGACCAGCGGCUCGGUGUCGGAUUCAGCAUCCAGCUGCAACAAAAUAAGGACUACAAGCCCUUAUUUGAUCGCUGGGAAUAUGAAUAAGGGUCAGCCGUUUUUUACUUUAAACGAGAGCGUGCUGAAUAAUGUCAACCACCAUCAUCACCCUCCUCAUCCUCAUCUACGGCAUUUCCAUCAAGAGCAGCAGAGUUGCAUGAAGCGCCACCCGUCCUAUCCGACGGCGAUUCACAACCACCAUCACCACCACCAUCACCCAGGCCGGAGGAAAAGCGACAAUAAGGCCAGCACCUAUGGGAUAAACUACUUGCUUUCCAACUGGACUAACGGCAAUUAUGAGAGCUCCGGCACGCCGUGGAAGACGAGGAAAUAUAGCCCAGGGGUUGACGGGUUACAUGAAGAAAUCAUGGACUUUUACAAUUUCAUGUCUCCUCGUCCUGAAGAGGCCACCAUGAGACAGGAGGUGGUGGACAGGAUAGAGUCUGUCAUCAAGGAGUUGUGGCCAACUGCUGAUGUCCAGAUUUUUGGCAGCUUUAGCACUGGACUCUUUCUCCCAACCAGUGACAUUGACCUGGUGGUGUUUGGGAAAUGGGAGAAACCUCCCCUGCAGCAGUUGGAGCAGGCCCUCAGAAAACACAGUGUGGCAGAGCCCUAUUCCAUCAAAGUCCUCGACAAAGCUACGGUACCAAUCAUCAAACUGACAGAUCAGGAGACUGAGGUGAAGGUGGACAUCAGUUUCAAUGUGGAGACGGGCAUCAAAGCUGCUAGCUUCAUCAAAGAAUAUGUGAAGAAGUAUACCGUGCUGCCUUAUUUAAUCUUCGUGCUGAAACAGUUCCUGCUGCAGCGUGACCUUAACGAAGUCUUUACAGGAGGAAUCAGCUCCUAUAGUCUCAUCCUGAUGGUCAUCAGCUUCUUACAGUUACACCCAAGAAUUGAUACUAGGAAUCCUAACAUGAACCUUGGUAUUCUGCUCAUCGAGUUCUUUGAGCUGUACGGAAGACACUUCAAUUACCUGAAGACGGGCAUCAGAAUAAAGAAUGGCGGCGCUUAUAUGGCUAAAGAAGACAUCAUGAAGGCCAUGAGCAAUGGCUACAGGCCCUCCAUGCUGUGUAUUGAGGACCCUCUUCUUCCAGGUAAUGAUGUGGGCAGAAGCUCUUAUGGUGCCAUGCAGGUGAAGGAGGCGUUUGACUAUGCGUACAUAAUACUGAGUCACGCCGUUUCACCUCUCGCACGUUCUUACCCCAACAAAGACAGUGACAGCACUUUGGGCCGCAUAAUUAAGGUCACCCAGGAGGUCAUUGACUACAGGGAGUGGAUCAUAAAGAAGUGGGGUGGCAGACACAACUCGCGUAUUGAGAGGAACCCAGGUUCUUCUCAUAAGGAGCCUGUGGAUCAGGUGGAGACGGGCUCACUGCUGGGUGUAGGUGUGGAGGAGCAGCAGCAGAGGGAUUCUGUUUCUCCUCACAGCGCAGACUCUCCGAUGUCUCUGUCCAGUCCUCAACAGCACUCCUCUGCUUCAUCUGCAUCCUCACUGUCAGGCAGUGAUAUCGACUCUGACUCCACACCGUAUGUCGCUCCACCUGUAGCCCCCUUCCCUCUCCAGAUUCUUGCUCCGGGGCCCUUGCCACCAGCGCUUCAGAUGGGCAAAGCCAGCAUCGCGGCAGCACUCGGCAUGCCUCCAGUCACCCAGGCGAGAGUGUCAAUCCCAGGCAAUCUUUCUCUCCACGCUCUACCUGGCAGACAGGUGUGUAUGGCAGAUGGACCUCCCCCAUACCUCCACAUGCCCCCCCCUGCAGUCCCCCCAGCUCCCCCCAGCCCUCUACCCAGUCCCCACCACCAUCCCAAGGCAGGUCCCAAGUUCCCUCUAAAGGGCUUCCACAAUCCCGCCGUAGUGCACAGUCCCGUCCUUUCCAACCGAGGCCACUUCCAGUACAACCGCAACACGUGGCGCCGCAGGAAGAGGGACAGUUUGCCGGCAAGCGUCAGCAGAUAAAGACACUUUCCCCUUCACUCGCUUCCUUUCCCACCCAUCUGGUCCCAUCCUAACCCGAUGAGAACUCAUUGAGCCCUCCUACUGAUGCUGAGAGCGCAGACAGACCAGCGUUUGAACCCAGCUCCUCCUUCAGUAGUUGUGGUGAUUGGUGGUGCUAAGUAGUUCAGUCUGCCACUGAAUCUGUGCAUGUUAAUGUUGACUUUCUUUUUGACCUGUGCAAUCUUCCCGAGGAAGCUUCGAGAGCAGGAACUGUUUUUCGGGCGUCUACUCCACAACUUUCAGGUUGGCAGGUGAAACGUUCCUUUUUUUUUUUUCUUCUUUUUUUGUGUAUGUAUGUGUGUGUGUGUGUGUUGUCUUCAGAUUUUCAGUCAAAACGGGACACCCUUCACAUGCUGGACAAACUUGAUUCAGUGGAUUACAAGUGUUUGUUUGUGGUGUUGGGUGAGGAUGUGUGUUUAUGUAUGUAUGUGUGUGUGUGUGAGACGCUGGCUUCAAAUCCUGCACUCGAGAUGCUUCCAGAGACUUCCACCGUAUUGACUGUACACAUCACGCAAACUUUACUUAGUUUUUUUUGUGCAAUAACUCUUAAUUUUCUUUUGUUCUCUCUGGAAACGUAUUUAAAUUUGAUUUAUGUCUGACUUUCUUUUUUUUUUUUUGUUUGUUUGUUUGUUUUUGUACAAAUGUUUUUAUUUUUGUAACGUUUUUAAUUUUGCUCAUCGUUUACAGAUCCUGUCAGACAGGCUCCUUAAGGGAAAAAGUCUGUUUUAAAACUGUUUUGUGAGAGUUUAUAUUCCCUCUUCCCCCUUUUUCGCAGCAUAAAUUGCACCUGGAUGAAGCGCGAGUUAAAAGCAGCCAGUGUAGAUCUUGCAAAAAAAAAGAACUGACAAAACGACACUCUGCCUACAGGUGUCGCCAUUUCCCACUUUGUGUUCCCACAUCAGGAACUGUUGCUUUUAUUCGUCUCGUUCGGUCGUCUGUCUUUAAGGUUGUUGUUGUGGCGUUGGACUCGUAACAUCAGAAAAGUCUGAAUGCGCAUUCGUUUAUAUGUGUGUGUCCAUUUUAAAUCGCUGUAGGUAAGUGUGAGACACAAUUUUAGGGAAGCUCUAAUGAACGUGCGAGCGGACUCCAGAUCAGUGCAGCUUUAUGCAAGGUGCCCAAAUCGGACCUUUCGACUUCUGAACAGGCACCCGAAUCAGACAUGGCAGAGAAAGGGAAUUUAUUUUGAUUCCUUUCUGGAAUCUUGACGUGCAUUUAUUGCCAGGUACUUGCGCUAAUAUAUGCCUUUUUGGUAAUGACCUGUACUGUAUGUAUUGUAUAUUUUGUUUUCGUAUAUGGCACACUAAAACUGUAUUGCUGUUGCUCAGAACGUCACAGGCAUACAGGUUAUAUUGUUACUAUGCAAGUGAAGUUGAGGAUCUCUCUUCCUGCGUCCCUCAUGACAGUCGUUUUGCUUGUAAAAUCUUGUCAAGACCAUCCAGAUCUGAGAGCGACGCGUCGAGGUACAUGUGAACAGUUCCUGUUUGCAAGUUCAGUUUUAAUGGAGGGAUAAGCAACCGGACGUCUUGUCUGGAGUUAAUAUUCCCUCUUUGAGAUCAACCGGACUACAUUUACUGCUGUUCCAACACUACAACCAUGACAUGCGUUCCGUAUUGGAGGACUUUGAUGGCCACAAACUUGCGUGACGUGCUUUACAAAGUCUAAGACUAUAUACGGAUUGUCCUUGUAACUCUUGACUCGCCUGCCUAUCAAUGCAAUAGGGCAAAUGUAACUCUAAUUGCAGUUUCUGCUUUUAGAUAGAACCAGCAUCUUUUGCGAAUGGGUCAGACGUUGAGGCAACUCUUCCCCCUCCCCUCCUUCGAUUUGUCUGAAUGGAAAUGGCUCUGCUUUUCAUCGGAGGUGUGUGUGUGUGGAAAGGUGUUUCACUCUGUGAUGGUUUGACCUUUGUGGUGAUGUACUGCUAGAUACAGCGUGAGACUCCUCAUUGAAUAUCAGUGAUGGAUUUUAAAUGUAAACCCCCCUUUUUUUGCUGACGUCUGUUAUGUCGCAGUGGCCAAAAGCACUCUGAACUUGUCAAUUAUUAUACUGAAAGACUUCAUUGUGGCCACCCAGCAUCCAAGAGGUCAGACGGAGGAAUUGUUUUUGUUUUCCUUCAAUAUUUUUAUGUAUUUUUUUUUCUAUUUUAUUUUUUAAAUAAACAUCUUAAAACCA